AUGGCGACUGAGAACACGAGGCCGAUUGUUAUAUCCGGUCCCUCGGGCGUGGGGAAAGGCACCCUCAUCGACAUGUUACUCGCCUCGCAUCCCGACCGGUUCACCAAGACCAUCUCACACACGACUCGACCUCCUCGCCCUGGCGAGACUGACGGCAACCAAUACUUCUUCAUCAGCGAGGCCGAGUUCGCGUCCCUCGUCUCCCAGGACGCCUUCCUCGAGCACACUCUCUACAGCGGCCACCAUUACGGCACCAGCAGCGCCACCGUGACGGACCAGCAGGCCAAGCGGCGCGUCGUCAUCCUCGAGAUUGACAUGGACGGGGCGCGGCAGGUGCGCGACCGUGGCGCUGUGGACGCCCGUUUUGUCUUCGUCAGGCCGCCGAGCUUGGAGGCGCUCGAGGCCAGGCUGCGAGGACGCGGCUCUGAGUCGGAGGGGAGCCUGCGGCGGAGGCUGGAGAGCGCGCAGAGGGAGAUGGCGCAGCUCGACUCCAGCCACGGGCUUUACGACAAGGUCAUUGUCAGUGAUGACUUGAACAAAGCGUACAAAGAACUGGAGCAGUUUGUGCUGGGCACGGCGACGGUUGCCGAGCGAGCACAGGCCCAGCCCGCAGGAGAGUAA